UUUUCUCCCGUGUAAUGCUUGUGUGUACUGUAUACUCAAACACUUGUCUUGUGUUGUCUUUGGACUUGUUUUAUUUUUCAUUCAUAAAAGCACCGCAGAAGCACAACGUUGGAGGAAGCUGGAAUCAGAGUAAUUAACGUUGUUGGUGUCGAAAUUCCAAGCUCUUAUAUUCAUUCAUGGCAUUGAAACUCAACAACAAAUUCAAAUUCACUCACACAUUCUUCUCCAAACUCCGUUAUUCUUCUUCUUCUUCAACUCAAUCCGCAGAUACCAUUGUUUCCAUCAUCACCACCAAAGGACUCACCGCUCCUGAACUCAACAACUUCUCACCUUCACUAACCCCUCACCUCGUCGAGUCCGUCCUCACGCGCCUCCGCAGUUGGCGUAUAGCUCAAACCUUCUUCCAUUGGUCUUCCAAUCAACCCCAUUAUCACCACACUCCCUUCACCUUCAAUGCUAUCGCUUCUAUCUUCUCACGUUCCCAUCAAACCCAACCUCUCAUAGACCUUGCCAAACACCUUCCCAAUUCCUCAUGUUCAUUCACACCUGGUGCUUUAUCUUUCUUCCUUCGUUGCCUCGGUAAUCUUCGCUUGGUUCAUGAAGCCAACCACCUGUUCGAUGAAAUGUCGCUGAAGGGUCUUUGUGUUCCGGAUCGUCAUUGUUAUAAUAUUUUGUUAGAGGUUAUAUCGAAAUGUGGGUCGAUUGAUUUGAUGGAGAAGAGGUUGAGUGAAAUGAAGGGUUUUGGUUGGGAGUUUGAUAAGUACACGCUUAUGCCGGUUAUUGUUACUUAUUGCAAUGCUCGUAGAAUUGAUCAGGCUUUGGGUGUUUAUAAGGAAAUGGAAGAGAAAGGUUGGGUUGAUGAAGGUCUUUGUUCUAUGAUGGCGUUGUAUUUUUCUAAAUGGGGUGAGGUUGAUAAGGCUUUUGAGUUGGUGGAGAGGAUGGGUGAAAAUGGAAUGAGACUCAGUGAGAAGACUUUUUGUGUUUUGAUUCAUGGUUUUGUCAAGGGGUCGCGGGUUGAUAAGGCUCUUCAGCUGUUUGAUAAAAUGCGCCGGGAGGAUGGUUUCACUCCUGAUGUUUCCUUGUAUGAUGUUCUCAUUGGAGGACUCUGCAAGAAUAAGGACGCUGACAGGGCUUUGAGCUUGUUUUACGAGAUGAAGGAAUCCGGGGUUAGGCCGGAUGCUGGAAUAUUAACUAAAUUGAUAUCAUGUUUUUCGGAUAAUAAAAGUAUGGUUUCUAAGUUACUUGAAGAAAUUCCUGAAGGGGAAGAAGACGAGAUAACUCUUGUUUUGAUCUACAAUGCCCUUUUGACUUGUUAUGUGAAUGAUGGGCUGAUGGAUGAAGCUUAUCGCCUUAUUCAAAUGAUGAUUCAAAGCAAAUCUAGUACUGAUAAUGACGCAUCCCAGAUGGAUGCUUUCUUCAAGAUCAUCAAGAGAUUGGUUUCCCCCAAUAUCACUUCCUUUGGCAUUGUAAUUGAUGGCUUACUAAAACAUGAUCAGUUGGACCUUGCCCUGCGCCUCUUUAAUGAUAUGCGACGAUUUGUUGGUAAACCGACUAUUUUGGUUUACAACAAUCUGAUUGAUAGUCUCUGCAAAUCCAAUAGAUUGGAGGAGAGCUAUGAGCUCUUGAGAGAGAUCAAAGAAUUGGGAAUUGAACCUACUCAUUUCACUUAUAACUCCAUUUAUGGAUGCAUGUGUAAAAGAAAGGAUGUCCCGGGGGCGAGCAAUAUGUUGAAGGAGAUGGGUGCGUGUGGACAUGGACCAUGGAUAAAACAUACCACCCUUCUUGUGAAAGAGCUAUGUGAUCACGGGAGGGUGAUAGAAGCAUGCGAGUUUCUCGAUAACAUGGUUCAGCAAGGCUUCCUUCCUGAUAUAGUUUCGUAUUCUGCAGCAAUUGGCGGCUUGGUUAACAUUCAAGAAGUUGAUCAUGCAAUGAAAAUAUUCAGGGAUUUAUGUUCUCGUGGGCACUGUCCGGAUGUGGUUUGUUUUAAUUUGUUGAUAAGAGGGCUAUGCAAAGCCAACAGAUUCUCAGAGGCUGAAAAUUUAUUCAAUGAGCUUGUUGAGAGGGGCCUUUCUCCCUCAGUUGUCACCUACAAUCUGUUUAUUGAUUAUUGGUGCAAAAAUGGUUCUGUUGAUAAGGCUAUGGCGCUUCUUUUCAAAAUGUCCAAAGAAGACAAGGAGCCUAGUAUCAUUACAUACACAACUUUGGUGGAUGGGUUAUGCAAAGAAGAAAGGCCUGAUGAUGCUAUCUUGCUCUGGAAGGAGAUGGAAAGAAAAGGUUGCCCUCUGAAUCGAAUCGCUUUCAUGGCAAUUAUUUAUGGUCUUUGCAAAUGCAAUAGACCAACUGAUGCGCUUUGUUAUUUACGUGAGAUGGAACAGAAACAAAUGAAACCGGCCUCCUUCAUUUAUAUUGCAUUGCUAAGUGCUUAUGUGUCUGAUCUGAAUUUGACAUCUGCAUUUGAAAUUUUCAAAGAGAUGGUUGAUUUAGGAUUUUUUCCUCACCCCCUUGAUAAAAAUUACCCCAUUGCAGUAGAUGCAAUACUCAAGUUUUGUAAGGAUCAGAGAACAUCCUCUAGCAUCCAAGUUCUAAUGGAAGAAGGGAAGAUUCCAUCAGAGUGUGAACUGUUGGAAGUAAAAGGUUAGUCAAAGGGAGUCGGCCAUUUUCUGCGAUUGCUAGAGUAAGUAAAUGUUACAUAUCAAAUUGAUGCGUUUAGCAUAGAAACAAAUGUACAGAAAAACACAUUUGUUACACUCCACUGAUAUUUUGGCUACAAGGAGAAUGUGAGCUCUGGAAUUAAUCAAGUUUUAUAUCACUUGUCAGUUGUCAAGUUGAUAGUUGGAAGUAGUCAAAGGGGCAGGGGGAAUAAGUGCAUGGAUUGGUUUCAGAAUACUAAAAAGGAUCUGAAAAAAUGGAUACACAAUUCGCGGCCACACACCCUCUUCAUUCCAUUCAAGUUUCACUCAAAAUCAGUUGUUAUUUCAUCAUGGUUAGAUCUUUGAAAUUGCAACCUCAGGCUCUGCACAUGGUCUGAUCCCGAGUCACAAGUUUCCCCAAAGUUUGUUUCAUAAGAUAAAGAAGUAAUCAGGUUUAAUUGAAUUGCUUUGUCCUUGUGAAAAUAAGGGUGCCGGCCUAUCGCCUUUGUUGGGUUCAAGUGUGAAUGAUUAAGUCUCACAUCGAUUAUGAAUGAGUUCAAUGUUGGAUAUACAAGAGAAGUAACCUAUAUGUUUUUUAGUGGAGAUGUGACAUCUCCCUCUCUUCUGGUCAUGAAGCAUUAACCCGUUGUUUCUCUGUGCGUUCCUCCAAACUCCCCAACAACUAUUCACAAUGAUUACAGAAAAGGGAUUGUGCUUUUUACCACUCUUUUGAUGUUUGGCUAAUGACUACCUCGAGAAAUCCUCUCAUAUAUUUUUGCAAAGAAAUUGGUUAUUAGUUUUGCUCUCUAGGUUCAUUCAGUUUGAGACAAGCAUUUUAUUAAUGUUGUAAUCUUUUGAAAAAUUCAUAUUUAGAGGGAGGUUGAUAUUUUUGGCACUGAAGCAAUGUCCCUGCUUGCACGUUGUCACUGAUAUGUUCGAGUUAUAUCAUCUUUUGUGUAUUGUAGCAAAA